UUGAUAUAGGCGGACAGAGGCAUUUUGAAUGCAACCGAACAUCGUCGACCAUUGUGAUACAGGGUGUUCUCCGGGAAGAUUCAAAAGAAUGGACGUGUCGGUCUGGGAUGUCUCACAAAAGCAUUAAGUUGGAAGUACAAGCAGUUUCUAGUUCAACGUCAACCACAGCAACUAUAGAACCCCAAUCAACAACUACAACAACUACACAACCCCCAUCAACAACAUUGUAUUCUACUGAAUCAGUGGCUUCAGUGACCAAGGGACUCUCAACACCUGUGUACAGCCCCAGCUCCAGUGAGCAGAGAAUGACAUCUGUCACACAGGUUAACCUGACAAACAGAGAGGAGACGGAUGACACACAGUGGUACAUCAUAUUGCCUGGGGCACUGGGUGGACUUGCUGUGGUAUCUCUGGUCAUAUUCCUGGUGUGGAGAAACCGAACAUCAAGGAAAAGAAACCUACCACGAUCAAUACAGAAGUAAGUAGCUUCUUGUCAUAAACUUGAUAACAUCCCUCACUAUAACGUGUCCAAAAGAUGAUAUUA